AUAGUUCACGAGAAAUGUGAUCCCCUCUCGAGUCUCAACUAACCGGAGUUCAAAUUAGGUAUGGUGGGGCGGAGGGUGCUCUCGCUGCUGCGGACCAGAGCAGCAGCUUCGACGCCGGCGGCGGCGGCGGAUGAGGUUAGAACGAUGUCGUUUGGUCGGAAAAUAAUGUCAGGCGCGCUUAUUUGCCUGACAGGAGGCGUGGCGUUGAGCGCGAUCGAUGAUCUGUUGAUUUACCAUCGAUGCAGCAGCAAGGCCAUGGAGAGAGCUGUUAAUGACAAAAGGAUAAUUGAAGCGAUUGGAGAACCUAUUGUAAAGGGCCCUUGGUAUAGCGCGGCGCUUGCAGUCACUCACAAGCACCAAUCUGCUUCGUGCUCGUUUCCUGUUUCGGGGCCAAGAGGCUCUGGGAUGUUUCGGCUGAAAGCAGUACACAAUGGAGAUGGUAGUUGGCUUUCGUUUCUACGUCCAAUGGACUGGGAAAUUCUCAUUUUGGAUGCGCUGGUUCAUGUCCCGGAGAACGACAAGAAGCAACAAACAUUCCGGAUAAGUGUUGCGGAUAAUGCCACCGCUCCUCUGGCAUGCCAGGCAUGCACACGUUGCGAGACUCAACAAUCUCCAAGUGUAGGAAAAAACCAACUUCAGACUAGUUAGCAUAAGCCAAUCGAACAAAGGUUGUCCGAGACCUGUUGGCCACAGUCUCACGACUUUCAUACGCCAUGGGGCCCUAUUCUUUGGCCAACAUAAUAUGUUGGAGAAUAAAUGAAACCAAUGAGGAGUUUUGAACUCUCAGCAGUUUUCCAUGUUACAGAGUAAUAAUAAUGAUUCUUGUCUUGUGGUUUUGAGUGGCUCUACUUACUUCUUCGAACGUAGUGUUACAAUGUGGGUUUUGUAGCCUUGUUAAUGUAGUCGUGAAAUGACAGAACAAAUUUGAAACUUGUUUGUAGAGAAAUUAGUUUUUUUUUGUUA